GCAGUGGAAAGCCUCUUCUCCGCCAUCCCAUUUCGUUACCCUUCCACCGCCUCCGCCGGAACUCGGAGUGGUGCCGCUGCUCGCGAUUCCGAUCGGCGAAGAAAUCUAUGGAGGGAGUUGCGAAACGCUCCGGCGUGAAAUCUCCAGCCAUGUCCGUGGAGCAAUUCGUCUCCCUCACGUCCCCUCUGAUCGACUUGGAAAAGGAGGCUGAAAUAGCGGCAUCUAUUGGUUCUUCUUCAUCGAAAGGCUUGGAUGUUGCUCAAAAGAGAGGCUAUGCUCUUCUUAAUCUUAAGUGCACAGAUGCUCAAACAGGUUUGAUGGGAAAAGCACUUCUGGAGUUCCAAUCAAAUAAGGGGGACCUUCUUCCUGCACACAAGUUCUCGAAUCACGAUGUGGUUAUUCUCAAACCAAAUAAGGCUGAUUCUGGUUCUCCUUUACUUGGACAAGGUGUAGUGUAUCGCCUCAAGGACUCUUCGAUCAUUGUUGCUUUCGAUGACAUUCCCGAAGAUGGAUUAAAUGGCUCUCUGCGUCUUGAGAAGGUUGCAAAUGAGGUGACAUAUAGAAGUAUGAAGGAUGCAUUGAUUAAACUCAGCAAGGGCACACAAAAAGGGCCAGCUGCUGACCUGAUUCCUGUAUUAUUUGGGGAAAAACCACCUGUUGUUUCUAAGAAAGUCAGUCAAUUCAGUCCAUUUAACAAGAAUCUUGAUCAUUCACAGAGGGAUGCUGUCUUGAAGUCUCUUUCAUGUAGGGAUGUAUUUUUGCUUCAUGGUCCUCCAGGAACGGGGAAGACAACAACUGUGAUUGAAAUUAUAUUGCAAGGAGUCAAACAGGGAGCUAAGGUUCUUGCAUGUGCUGCUUCCAAUAUAGCUGUUGAUAACAUGGUUGAACGUCUGUUUCCAUUCAGGGUAAAGUUAGUGAGGUUGGGACAUCCUGCACGUUUGUUACCUCAAGUGUUGGACAGUGCACUUGAUGCUCAGGUUUUGCAAGGUGAUAAUAGUGCACUGGCAAAGGAUAUUCGUAAGGAAAUGAAGGUCUUGAGUGGGAAGCUGUUAAAAGCAAAAGAUAGGAACACCAAAAGGGACAUUAAGAAAGAGCUGAGAACACUUGCCAAAGAAGAGAGGAAGAGACAGCAGUUGGCAGUCUCAGAUGUUAUAAAAAAUGCAGAUGUAGUUUUGACAACUUUGACUGGUUCAUUUUCUCGCAAACUGGAGAGUAUUACAUUUGACUUGGUUAUAAUUGAUGAAGCCGCUCAGGCACUUGAAGUAGCGUGUUGGAUACCAUUGCUAAAGGGGCCGAGGUGUGUGCUUGCAGGGGACCAUCUCCAGCUUCCUCCGACAAUCCAGAGUGUGGAAGCUGAAAAGAAGGGUUUAGGUAAAACACUCUUUGAACGUUUAGCAGGCUUGUAUGGAGAUGAAGUCAUGUCCAUGCUCACUGUACAAUACCGAAUGCAUGAGCUUAUUAUGAGUUGGUCAUCCAAAGAAUUCUACAAUAGUAAGGUAGAAGCCCAUUCUAGUGUAGCUGGUCAUCUGCUGUAUGAUCUCGAGGGUGUAAAGAGAUCAUCAGCAGCAUCACCGACCCUUCUUCUCAUAGAUACAACAGGGUGUGACAUGGACGAGAAGAAAGACGAAGAAGAGAGUACUAUGAACGAGGGAGAGGCUGCGGUAACUAUAGCCCAUGCAAAGCAGCUUAUUGAAUCUGGAGUUCAAGCAUCUGAUAUUGGAAUAAUUACUCCAUAUGCUGCACAGGUGACUUAUCUUAAGAUGCUGAGGAGCAAAGAAAACAUAUUAAAGGAUGUAGAAAUUUCAACCGUUGACGGGUUUCAAGGCCGAGAAAAGGAGGCCAUUGUCAUAUCUAUGGUCCGGUCAAAUUCAAAAAAAGAGGUUGGGUUUCUGAGCGACCACAGGCGAAUGAACGUGGCUGUGACUCGCGCUAGAAGGCAAUGUUGUCUGGUAUGUGAUACAGAGACUGUUAGUCACAACACAUUCUUGAAGCGCCUGAUCGAGUACUUUGAAGAACACGGCGAGUAUCUAAGUGCAUCCGAAUACGACAUGAAUUGAAGGUUUCGGUUCGAUGCUCUGUAUUCAGAUUCGACUUCAACUACUUCUUCCACUAUAUUCUUUAAUUGUGGUGGCAAAGCCAAAAGAAAAUCUAUGAUCUCAAGCCACACUCUCUGACCUAGCACUGCUUGAAUUUACAUUCUCUUAGAGACAUUCAUGAAAUUCAUAGUUGUAUUUAUCUUCAUAAGCUUUGUCUUGCAAUUUCAAAAAUUUCUUUUGUCGCCACAUUUUAUCUUUGAAAUUUCAAAAUUGUUUCAAGUA